UUAUUUACAAGUCAUUUAGCAGUUGCUUCCGGCCAUGCCCGAACCGGCCAAGUCGGCUCCGGCCCCGAAGAAGGGCUCCAAGAAGGCGGUGACCAAGGCGCAGAAGAAGGACGGCAAGAAGCGCAAGCGCAGCCGCAAGGAGAGCUACUCGGUGUACGUGUACAAGGUGCUGAAGCAGGUGCACCCCGACACCGGCAUCUCGUCCAAGGCCAUGGGCAUCAUGAACUCGUUCGUCAACGACAUCUUCGAGCGCAUCGCGGGCGAGGCGUCGCGCCUGGCGCAUUACAACAAGCGCUCGACCAUCACGUCCAGGGAGAUCCAGACCGCCGUGCGCCUGCUGCUGCCCGGGGAGCUGGCCAAGCACGCCGUGUCCGAGGGCACCAAGGCCGUCACCAAGUACACCAGCGCCAAGUGAGCCCGCCUGCAGAGC